GUCGUCUUGACUCUUCUUUAAUUGUUUGCUACUUUGUCCAGAUUUGUCAGCAUUUUGUCGUUAUGUAUUUCCCUAUCGGAUGGCCCAAAUUACUGUCCCUCCCGAUCGAAGAAGAAGAUACUCUCGAGUAUGUCGUGGCUAACCGGGAUCGAUCUCUCUUCGCCGUGCUUACCGCUCAGGCUUUCUACGUAUGGUACUACAAGCCAUGUGUGCACAUAGUUAGUUACAGAAGAUCUGAUGAUUCCGUUAUUGUUCUGGGAAAAAACAGAUUUGCAGAAUGGAAACCAGAUUCCACUGUUCUGGCUGUUGCGACAACAGGAGGUCAUUUACUUUUUUACAAAUUAGAACAUGAAAGUAGCGAAUGUCUAUAUGCACAAAGACAGAGCGGUCGACAGAAACAUGCAUCAUCUGAGAUAACUGCCCAUGUUGUCCCUGCAUUGAAAAUAACUAUAUCUGCUACUUUACCAGUGUUAGGGGGAAUUAAAAGUAUGGCAUGUUUUAAAGAUGAACUGAUGGUGUCUUCUGGGCAGGGUAUAUUACAAAGGAUACGAUGGGAUGGAUCUGUCAAUGCUAAAAUGAAUAUAUCAAUUAAUACUAUUCCAUUCUCUAUAGACUUACAACAAUCAAGGCAAACACAGUUAGACAAGCUUGGUUUAUAUUUUAAUCAUAUCGAAUAUAGUCCUUUAUUAGUGGGAUUUGCUGUGAUUUUUGCUGGUGGGAGAGCUGGGUUUCUCUCAGCGCCAACAGCUAAAUUUGAACCACAGAAUGUUAAUGGUGUGUGGGCACAAGAAAUAAACACAGCAAGUUGUAUCGCCAUCAACCAAAAGUAUCGGCUUAUAGCGUAUGGGUGUAAAAAUGGUCAAGGUAUUGUGUACUCCGUGGAUGAAGUGACUGGUAGUUUACUUGUAUCACACAGACUGGCAUUAUCUAACACAGACUACCCAGAUGCGUGUAAUGCAGCGGGUGUGGUGACCACUUUACAGUGGACGCCAGAUGGUUGUUCACUGGCGAUGGGAUGGGAGAAUGGUGGUCUGGCUUUAUGGAGUGUAUUUGGUGCUAAGUUAUUAUGUACAUUAGGAGGAGAUUAUGGCUUUUCUCAAGAUGCUUUCAGGGAUAAUCCUUUACAAAUAAAGUCAAUGGAAUGGGGCAUGGAGGGCUAUCAUCUGUGGGUAACAACAACACCUAAACUAUCCAGUAAUGGCAAGAGAAAGUCGGUGGUGUCUCCUGGCGGUUUAAUACAGUUGCAGUUUGUGAAGAGUUCACUGACAGUUAAUCCAUGCAUUAGUAACCAUGAGCACUUAUUUUUGCAAGGGGAAGAUAGAUUAUACCUCAAUACCGGUGACACCAUACUCAAGACCAACACUCAAGAGAUUGCAUCUGGUGGCAGUCCAGCAUCUCAGGGUCCAAGUAUACUUGUUGGAAACAAACAGUGGCAGAUCAUCCAGUUACCGCACAGUUACUUGGCAACCAAUUGGCCAGUACGGUUUGCAGCAGUGGAUAGGACUGGGCACUGCGUAGCUGUAUCUGGUAAAACUGGUCUGGCACAUUAUGCAUUAUUUACACGAAGAUGGAAGUUAUUUGGGAAUGAAAAUCAGGAACGGGACAUGGUAGUUAACGGUGGACUGUGUUGGUGGAGAGAUUUCAUUAUUGCUGGGUGUUAUAAUUUAAAUGAUCACAGAGACGAGAUUCGGUUGUAUCCCAGAGUUAGCAACCUGGACAAUGCCUUUGCUAAUAUCACUAAAGUACCUUACCAAGUUUUGCUGGUCAACGUGUUCCGGGAUAUUCUGAUUGUGUUUUGUGUUGACUAUCACGUGACGUUGUACGAAAUUGAGAGAAAGGACACCAAGCCAAAUCCUUGUGCAGUAUUGACACGGAUACAAGAUCUCUCUUUAGCUAACUUUGUACCUCACCCAUCGUCCCUUAUAUCAUUAACUUUGACGUCAUUAAGAUCAGAAACAGCAUCAAACAAAGCACUGACAAGAAGUCGAGACGCUGAGAGUCUGAUUGUCAAUGUAGCCGGCAGAUUACUGAUGCUACAAAGAGAUAGAUCAUGUCCUUCACAUACAGAGAACAGGAAAGGACCUCAGGAGCUUCCCUUCUUGGCACCUGUUGUCUUGGCCUCAUCUGUUGAGAACAUGUGGGCUCCAGUUGGCAGUAGCAGUGAGAAACCCCAUCUUAUGGAAGCACUCUGGUUAGGUUGUGGUGCCGUCGGUAUGAAGGUCUGGCUGCCCCUGUUUCCUACAAAGGAAGAUCAACCCCAUAGUUUUCUUGCCAAGAGAAUAAUGCUACCAUUUAAAUUACAAAUUUACCCUCUAGCUGUACUAUUUGCAGAUGCUGUUGUGUUGGGUGCCGCCAACGAUGUCCUGGCUUAUGAUCCAACGUCACCAGGUACUGGUCUUUCUUGUCAACAAGGACUUCCGUACUGUGUUCUAGAAAGAACUACUCAGAUUUAUCUCCAUCAUAUUCUCAGGCAACUUUUACGCAGAAAUCUUGGAUUCCAUGCUUUAGAGAUUGCCAGGAGCUGUACGUCAUUACCGUAUUUCUCUCAUGUCUUGGAACUCAUGCUGCAUGAAGUCUUGGAGGAAGAGGCUACUGCAUCAGAACCAAUACCAGAUGCCUUACUUCCAAGAGUUGUGGCGUUCAUCAAUGAGUUCCCAGAAUUCCUACAAACUGUUGUGCAUUGCGCUAGGAAGACUGAGAUAGCUCUCUGGCCAUAUCUCUUCUCUGUUGUUGGCAACCCCAAAGAUCUAUUUCUGGAAUGUCUAAGAACUGAGGCAUUAGAUACAGCUGCUUCUUAUCUCAUCAUAUUACAGAAUUUAGAACUACCAAAACUGAGUAGACAUCAUGCCACUCAGUUACUUGACACAGCAUUAGACCUUGGUAAAUGGGAACUCUGUAAAGACCUUGUACGCUUCCUUCGAGCUAUUGGACCAAAUGAUCCAGAGUCUUCCCCAAGAACGCCGGCACCCAUAAACUCACCGGGUAUAUUCCCAAUGGCUGCCACCUCACCAAAAGGAGACAACGUAUCAGCAUUCCCAUUUAGUCCGUCAUCGGCUGCACAGAGAGUUAGAAGUAGUAGUUAUACCAGUGUACCGUAUCCAAGUGGACCAGAAAAAUCACGAUCUAUGACUCAACCAAAGCAAGUGCCAGAUAGGAAAAGUCCUCGCAAAGACACUGGUGCAGCAGUAGAUGAAUUCUUCUUAGACACCAUCAUCACUAGGCAUGCUAGAAAACUACUCGGUGCUGGAAAACUUAAAGACUUAGGGUUGUUUGCUGCUCACCUUGAAUUCCCACUCAUUGGAUGGUUACACAGAGAAAGAUUACGAGUGGCUAAAGUGGAUGACUUCGUGCAAAGUCUGAAGAAUAUUCAUCAGGAUUUCAUGUGGCCGCUACCUACAUUUCCACUUAUGUCUCAGCUGCCACCUCCCAGGAAUAUAGGUCGCUCAGUUUCCAAGUCCUCAUCAUGUACACCUUCCCAGACCGGUGCAGAAAAUGACAUGAAUGGACUUUCCCUCGAUGAUGAAGUAGAUUCUGGUAUCCUGGCAACGAAUGGUAGUAGCUAUGGUAACAGUCCAUCCACAUCAACAUCCAGGGGUCGACAUCAGACAACGCAUGCUGAUUUCUUACUCUGUGACACCAAGACUGAGGAUGCUGUUUUACGACCUGUCAAUGCUAACAAAGGUGUUGGCAACGAUGAAGUAAGCCUAAGUACUUGUACCACAACAGAAAUCACGUCAGAGAACAGUUCAACACUCGGUGAGAGUGAGUUUGGAGCGUUUGAUGACAGUAUGUGGGGAUCUAGCCAACAGUUGGCUGAGUUAGAGCUGCUAUCUCAAGAACUUGUUCACCAAGGAUCUCCACAGUCAGAAGCAGAAUUAAAAUAUUUACUGAAAAUAUUUUCGGAAGCAACAUGUUUGGAAUGGAGUUUACUGAUAGCUGUGGUGCUGAGAGAUGCCGUGCUGGUUACGAGUGUUGUGAAUACUGCCAGCAUGAUAGACUGCCCUCUAGAGAUGGUGGGGAGAAUGAGAGAAGGAUUGUCAUACUUGGAACUGUGGGCUGAUACAGAGUGCCCUAGUUACAGGCCAUUUCUGUACAGUCUGAAAUCCCAACAGCAAGUGUUAGCAGCUAUCGCCAACAACUCACCUGUAGUUACCAAGUCACUGAGUAAAACACCACCAACCACACCAACCAUGCCAACACCAGAGAACUCUUUCACUGGAUCCGAGCUCAGUUUUCAUAGUUCCCAUGGAAACCAUACAGACGAUGAAACUGAAUGUAACUUUGACUAUAAAAAUGAUGAAGACUUUCUUACAAUGGAAGCAACCGUUCAGACUGAAGAGGCGGGCUACCAGUGUCAAGUUUCGUGACAGUCCCGUAACUUUCCAUAGAAAACACAGAUAUAUGAUAUUGGUGUGAAUGGCAACGGGAGUCAUGGUUUAUAUUUG